CAGGUGAGCCAAGGUCUCCCGAGAACCCUCUAUUACCGUCACCCCUUGCACAGGUGCCUCAGCUUGCUGCCAGGGUGCCCAGCAUCGGAGUGAGCAUGCCCACGUGCUGGCCGGGUUCCCACCGGAGGAGACAGAGCCGCUGGGACUCCUGGAUCCCAGCUCAGCUCAACGGGAUCUAUACGGGUUCCUGGGGACGCCGUUCCUCUGGUUUUCUGUUGAUCCUGGCCGCCCGGAAGCGGAGCUUGACUCCUCCCCCUCGUCUCCUCGGUCCCCGCCAGGCGGCGCCGUUUACUCUCUCCGAUUUUCCGUGCGGCUCUUACCUAUUGUCAGCCUAGGAAUGUUGAGAUAGUCAUUGAAAUGAACUGACGGAGAACAAUCUAUCUACCAUUUGGAAUAGUCAUCCUUCUAGGCUGUGGUUUGACAGCAUGCUUGUAUAUGCACAGGUUGCUGUGCUCACGUCCAGAGCCUGAAUCAGUAGAUGUAGCGUGGGCUCCAGGGUGAGAUCCAGAGUUGCAGCAUCUCUCCCUCAGGUGGUAUAACUUGUAGAAACAGCUGGAAUGAGUUGGCUAUGAGUUGUUUACAUCCUGAAGUUUUAUAGCAGAUGCAGAAGGUCCCUGUGCUCCUCUUCUUAGCCUGGGUCUGUUUUCUUUUCUACGCCGGCAUUGCACUCUUCACCAGUGGCUUCCUUCUCACCCGUUUGGAGCUCACCAACCAAAGCAGCUGCCAAGAGCCCCCAGGCCCUGGUUCCUUGCCAUGGGGGAGCCAAGGAAAGCCUGGGGCUUGCUGGAUGCCUUCUCGGUUCUCCAGGCUUGUGUUGGUGCUGAUAGAUGCUCUGCGGUUUGACUUUGCCCAGCCCCAGCGCUCACAUGUACCUGGGGAACCUCCUGUCUCCGUGCCUUUUCUGGGAAAAUUAGGCUCUUUGCAGAGGAUCCUAGAGAUUCAACCCCACCAUGCCCGGCUAUACCGAUCUCAGGUGGAUCCCCCCACGACCACCAUGCAGCGUCUCAAGGCUCUCACCACUGGCUCUCUGCCUACCUUUAUUGAUGCUGGCAGUAACUUUGCCAGCCACGCUAUAGUGGAAGAUAAUCUCAUUAAGCAGCUCACCAGUGCAGGUAGGCGUGUAGUUUUCAUGGGAGAUGAUACCUGGAAAGACCUUUUCCCUGGAGCUUUUUCCCAAGCCUUCUUCUUCUCGUCCUUCAACGUCAGAGACCUCCACACAGUGGACAAUGGCAUCCUAGAACAUCUCUACCCUACCAUGGACAGUGGUGCAUGGGACGUGCUGAUUGCCCACUUCCUGGGUGUGGAUCAUUGUGGUCACAAGCAUGGGCCUCACCACCCUGAAAUGGCCAAGAAACUUAGCCAGAUGGACCAGGUGAUCCAGGGACUCAUGGACCGUCUGGAGAAUGACACACUGCUGGUGGUAGCUGGUGACCAUGGGAUGACCGUGAAUGGGGACCAUGGAGGGGACAGUGAACUGGAGGUCUCUGCUGCACUGUUCCUGUACAGCCGCACAGCCCUCUUCCCUAGUGCCCCACCAGAGGAGCCAGAGGUUAUUCCUCAAGUCAGCCUUGUGCCCACACUGGCACUGUUGCUAGGCCUGCCCAUCCCAUUUGGGAACAUCGGGGAAGUGAUGGCCGAGCUAUUCUCAGGCGGCAGUGACUCCUACCCUCACACCUCUGCUCUAGCCCAGCUCUCAGCUCUCCAUGUCAAUGCCCAGCAGGUGUCCCGAUUUCUUCAGGCUUACUCAGCUGCUACUCAGGAUCUCCACGCCAAAGAGCUUCAUCGGCUGCAGAAGCUCUUCUCCAAGACCUCUGCUAGCUACCAGCAGCUUCUGCAGAAUGCCCAGGAGGCGGAGGCAUCCCUGAAGACUUUGAUGGCUGAGUUGCAGCAGUUCCUGCGGGGAGCUCGGGCCCUGUGCAUCCAGUCUUGGGCCCGUUUCUCUCUGGUCCGAAUGGCAGGGGGUGCUGCUCUCUUGGCUGCUGCCUGCUUUCUCUGCCUGCUUGCAUCCCAGUGGGCAGUAUCCCCAGGCUUUCUCUUCCGCCCGCUGCUGCUAACACCUGUAGCCUGGGGCCUAACUUGGGCCACACUCUAUGCUGGACUCUUGGUCACCACAGGGGCAGAGGUGGAUUCGGUGGUUCUCGGAGCUGUAGCUGCAGCAGGUUCUCUCCUUCCUUUUCUGUGGAAAGCUUGGGUUAGCCGGGGGUCCCCCAGGCUCCUGGCACCCCUACUUCCUGUCCCUCCACCUCUCCUAUUGCUCCUGCUCCUUCGCUUGGCCACCUUCUUCUCUGAUAGUUUUGUUGUUGCUGAGGCCAGGGCCACUCCCUUCCUUCUGGGCUCUCUCAUCCUGUUCAUGGUUGCCCAUCUUCACUGGGAGGGCCAGCUUCUGCCACCCAAACUGCUCACGCUCCCCCGCCUCGGCUCUUCCGCCCCAGCGGGCCCCCCACGGCACACUGGCACCUAUGCCCUGAGGCUUGGAUUUGGGUUGCUUUUAUGUACAAGGCUAGCUGGGCUUUUUCACCGCUGCCCCGAAGAGACGCCUGCUUGCCAUUCCUCUCCCUGGCUGAGUCCUUUGGCGUCCAUGGUGGGCGGUCGAGCCAAGAAUUUGUGGUACGGAGCUUGUGUCGGGGCACUGGUGGCUCUGUUGGUAGUUGUGCGCCUGUGGCUUCGCCGCUAUGGUAACCUCAAGAGUCCCGAGCCUUCUGUGCUCUUUGUGCGCUGGGGGUUGCCUCUCAUGGCCCUAGGCACGGCCGCCUACUGGGCAUUGGCAUCGGGGGCAGAGGAAACACCCCCACGUCUCCGGGCCCUGGUUGCUGGGGCGUCAGCUGUGCUGCCUCGGGCUGUGGUGGGGCUGGCCGCCUCGGGGCUCAUGCUGCUGCUCUGGAGACCCGUGACAGUGCUGGUGAAGGCUGGGGCCGGGCCUUCAAGGACCAGGACUAUCCUCACUCCCUUCUCAGGUCCCCCUACCUCUCAGGCUGACCUAGAUUAUGUGGUCCCACAAAUCUACCGCCACAUGCAGGAAGAGUUCCAGGGCCGGCUAGAGAGGACCAGAGCUCAGGGUCCUGUGACUGUCUAUCAGUUGGGAAGUGUCUACUCAGCUGCUGUGGUCACAGCCCUCGUCCUCUUGGCCUUCCCGCUUCUACUGUUGCACGUCGAGCGUGUCAGCCUCGCGUUCCUGCUCCUGUUUCUGCAGAGCUUCCUCCUCCUGCAUCUGCUUGCUGCGGGGACCUCAGUCACCACAACUGGUCCUUUUACUGUGCUGUGGCAGGCGGUCUCAGCGUGGGCCCUCUUGGCCACCCAGACCUUCUACUCCACUGGCCACCAGCCUGUCUUUUCAGCCAUCCAUUGGCAUGCGGCCUUCGUGGGAUUCCCAGAAGGUCAUGGCUCUUCUACUUGGUUGCCUGCUUUGCUAGUGGGAGCUAACACCUUUGCCUCCCACAUCCUCUUUGCAGUAGGUUGCCCACUGCUCCUGCUCUGGCCUUUCCUAUGUGAGAGUCAAGGGCCAAGGAAGAGGCAGCAGCUUCCAGGGAGUGAAGCUGAGGCCAGAGUCAGGCCUGAGGAGGAGAAAGAGGAGCCACUGAUGGAGAUGCGCCUCCGAGAUGCUCCGCAUCACUUCAAUGCAGCCCUGUUGCAGCUGGGCCUCAAGUACCUCUUUGUCCUUGGAGUUCAGAUUCUAGCCUGUGCCUUGGCCGCGUCCAUCCUCCGAAGGCAUCUCAUGGUCUGGAAGGUGUUUGCCCCCAAGUUCAUUUUUGAAGCCCUAGGUUUCAUUGUGAGCAGUGUGGGACUUCUCUUGGGCAUAGCUUUGGUGAUGCGAGUGGAUGGUGCUGUGAGUUCCUGGUUCAAAAGAUUAGUUCUGGCUCAGCAGAGGUAGCCCAGGCUCGGCAUGUUGACACCUGGCCAUGGAGAGACCUGGAGAUCAUCUGGCCUGGCCUAUACUAGUGCUGGAUAUUCUGCAAGAGAGACUCAGGCAUACCUCUUACCACCAUGUAACAACCAGAGGCUGCUUACCAGGAAGGACUUCAUCGUUUUAUAAUUCAGAAUCACCAUGGAGCCUGAGCCCUAGCUCCUUGUUUGGAUGCACCUGAUGGACUACAGGGGCGGUCACCGAAGUGGAAUAAAAUAGCAAUGUAAAUGUGUGUAUCUAAGAUGUGGAGGAGCUAGCCAAGUCAGUCUGUCUCCUCACCAAGUACGAUUACAUAUGUGAUCUUAGGCGGGGCUUGCUGGACCCAAGAACUCCUUGGCAAGAAGCUGCCUGGGUUCUCUGACUUCUUCCCGAAUGUGUGGUCAUCCCACUGGUCCUGCCUUCCUCCUUGGUUGAUUGGUUGGGUCAUGCUGUGUUGUAACUGAUAGCAGAGAAGACAAGCGCAGGAUCGUGAAGCACACAGACUUCUGUGUUCAAGGCCUUAAACAGCACUGUCUCUUCCUCUGGUACCCUUCCCCUUCCCAACUGUGGAAGCCUCUCUCUAGUUUUUCAGCCUGUGCUGCCUUUGUCACAUCUACUUGCCUAUUGAUUAUUCCCAACUUAGAGCCAAAAUGGAAUGAAUGUAAUGCUUCUUUUUUCUUUUUUAAAAACAAUCUCACUAUGUAGCAGUAGCUGG